CUCGAGAAACACCGUUCUCCCCCUCUUCGUUUCCAAUUUGUUCGGAUCCUCUCGAAAAAGUUGGUUCGUUUUUCAGUUGACAGGUUGCCUUCGAGCUGUGCUUGUUUACAUGGGAUUCGGCGGUUCCAUAAUUUCGAAGUCGAUAAUUGUUUUUAAAACGAUGACUUUCCCAUUUCUCGCGUUUGUAGACUGUUUACGUUAAAAUAACUCGGUAACGUUUCCUUCGCUUUACACGAUUCAUAAAAUCUUGCCCAAAUGAAUAGGAAACAUGUAAAUGUCGAUAUGGAUUCUGGUCUGGGAAGCGACGAGGAUCGCAGAGGGUCAAGGACCAAGGAACAAAAGCAGCUACACAACCAGCAACUUUUGAGUGGGUGUUUUAUUGAUGCCGCAAGUUUGUCCGAUGAAGCUGAGGUGGUGGAUCAGAGAAGGACCGAUGAACGACGACAAGGGGCCCUUAUUUUCCAAUCAUCUAUACCCCAGUUUUCCAUGUUGCAAAUGUCCAGCUCGGCCGAAGAAAGAGUGUUUAGUUCUCCCCGUAGUGUCUCUUCUAGCUAUCCUGAUACGUCCACCCCUUUUAACUCUAUCGUUCAACUUGAGGAACACGGCGAACAAGAACACAACAGGAACAAAUCUCCUUUGGGGUUUUACGUUGAUUUAAGCCAAGUGCCUGAUACUCCUAAGACCCCUCCAUCUACGUCCACUAAAAAGAACAUAUUUUCCAUGGUUAUUGACUUCGAAGGACCAAAAAAAGACAAACCCAUUAAGCUAAGUUCCUCCUACACGUCUUAUAAGAAAUCUAAACCCAAACCAAACUUACUAACCAAAUGUAAUGGGAGUGGAAGUUUGUCUUCCAGUGUUAGCUCGAUCAAUUCCAUGUGUAUGGCCAGUACAAGUAGGCAGAGUGAGGAACACGAACAAAAAUAUAAUGGGAAUCAUCAGGAAUUGGCUAGUAUUAGCGUACUUAGUGCAUCUUUAGUGAAAAAUUUGUCUGUCUCAUCUAAAUCGUCGAGUGACGAGUCUAGCGAUAAAAACAUUGUGGAAAAAAGUGAGGAGGAGCUUCUAGGUGAAUCUUUAGUUUUGCCGGAUGAAGAAAUAACGUUAAGAAAUGAAGAAAAUAAUAAUGCAUCUAACGAACAUGUAGUAGACGUGACGAACGUUAAUGUUAUUCAAGAAGAUAGCAAUAAAAUACAAUUGGAAACAGAUGAUAGUAAAUCUUCAGAGACGACACGGGCAUGUCCGCAGUUCGUCAAACUGUCCGACAUGAUGGAGUGCCAGAAGGCGCGGGUGGAGGUGAGCUUCGCGCCCCGCAUGAGCCGCUCCAUCCCCGAGAGCCACUGGGUGGAGAGCCCCUUCCUCAUGUCGCGCUCCGCUUGCUACCGGAGCGCCCCCCAUCCCAUCGAGCCGGAACCCCCCAUAGCGGAGAACGGCUCGGAUACCGAAAGCGCCAUCACCAAUUCCAGUACCUCGCAACCAAAAAAAGCUGUUCGCCGCCUGGGAACCGACCUUUUGCGUAUGUUCCUUGAGGAGAUAGGGCCUGAUGUCGUCGUGGAGGUCGAAGGACAUAAACUGAAAGCGCACAAGUGCAUUCUAGCCUCCAGGUGCCAGUACUUCGCCGCCCUACUGAGUGGAAAUUGGUUGGAGAAGUCGGGAAAUAUAAUUUCGUUACAGGGCUUCUCCUAUGAAUCGGUAUACUUUUCCUUGUGCCAUAUCUACAGUGGGGCAGCUCAUGUCCCAGAUUCGAUCAGCUUGGUGGAACUAGCCUCCCUCGCCGACAUGCUGGGACUUGAAGGGCUCAAAGAAGUGGUCGAACACGCAUUGAAACAGAGGCACUGUCAUAAUUUUCAUAAACCCUGCGCCGGUUGUUGCACUGGAGUGUUGGAAGUCCUCCCUCUAUCGGCUGCCUACGGUUUGGACGACCUGUAUCAAAGAUGUCUUCAGUGGACCACGCAGCAUUUUGUGCGUGUUUGGCCUAGUAGAGCCUUUGCUAGUUUGCCCAGAGAAUUACGGGAGAAAUGUUAUCAGCAGCAUGUUGUGCAUAUGACGCCAGAGAAGGUACUGGAAACUAUGUCGGCUUGUGAUAAGGUUCUGGCGACGUUACCGGCAAUGAGAUGGGCAGAACCAGUUUCCCAGUUGGUUCUACAACUGUCUGAUGCCUGUCAUUUGUAUCACCGGCAACAUUUCGCUGCUGUUCUUUCAUCGGCCUUCUUCCACAACUUGGACGCUGGCCUGGGAUUCGGAGUGUGCCAAGUAGAAGAUCAAAUGCUGGCGGCUGCCAAGAAUUUAGGUGUGGAGCAGGCUUGCAGGAGUUACUCGCGCUGCUGCAAAUUGUUGGACUCGAGGUGGAGCCGACCGUUCGCCGAUCUUCUGAACAAAAUCAAACUUCAACUGGAACAGUGUCUUGUCAAUCAGGCGGACAGGCUGAUCAGGAGCAAUGCGUGGUUACGACUAGAUACCGUUUUAAGAACGCGUAUAAAAGAAUUGACACCAUCUAUCGAACCUCAAAGUCGUCUGCCACGGGCUACGCCUCAAAGGAGCAAAAAGGCAGUAGCUCAAAGUCCCAUUAUUUCAUCGUCGGAUUCAUCCAGGAAUUCCAGUCCUGGAAUGAAUCAGGGACGGCUACCUGGAGGAAGUCCAUCCUUGAGGAGAAGUCUGCUAUUAGCCGCAAAAGCACCUCAAGUACCACCCAGCCCCUCUACCAACAGGCGCAGCACCCUGACGCAGCCCACGGCCGCUAGCGCCGCACGCUCAGCAGCGGCCAACGCUCAAAGGCAAGUGAAAAGCGCUCCCUUGGUAUCGAACAGGCCUCCGCCACGAACCGCAGCCAACGGCAACGUUAGGCCCGCGUCGGGGGGCAGCGUGAGGUCUACGUCGACCGGAAGUAGCGGCGCCAGGCCGAGUUCGUCUCACGGUUCGAUGUCCAGCAGCACCUGCGCCAAUCAGAAGCAAGCGGGAGGGUCAAAGAGGGGCUCUAGUGCUGUGUCGAGGAAUCCUAGUAUAGGCAAGAAGGAUUUACAGAUGACUAUAUCAAAUAGAAAACCUGACAGCAGAUGUGGUUCCCCAUUGAAAUCGGACAGCCGAACCAGUUCUCCAAGAAAGCUAGACAGCAGAGUGACGUCUCCCAUCAAGGCUAACAUCAGAAGCCCUUCUCCUUUGAAAACAGACCACAAAACACAAUCUCCCAGAAAAAUGCGAUCAAAUGAACCUUCAAAACCGCCCGUUCCACAGCCUACUAUCCAGAGGUCGGGCACGUUUUUAAAAGACGAACCUACUGUCCUAGGCAAGGUUAUGUAAUUAUUACUUUUAGACAUUCCCCUAUAUUUUUCCUAGUCCGUAAUACAUUCCGCAAGACUUUUACUACGUUUUAAGGUGAUAGUUUGCUUUUUAGAAUUUAUUUGUAGCCCUUAAUGUACAGGGUGUGAGAGGUUUCGAUGUUUUAGUAAAGAAUCUCGAAUAUUAUCAGUUUUUAGCAAUAUAUACAUGGUCGGAAACGCCUGGCUUUGGGUACGCCUGGAUUUUCGUGUGUACUAAGGGUACGGUUAAUAUGUUCAGUACAAUAAGAUGUACUGAACAAAGGGAGAAGAAAAGUGAAGCAUGAAAUAAAGGACCUGAUUAAGUGGUUAUGUAAUAAACACUUCACGUUUUUCUCUCUCUGACUUACAAGAUCGCCAUAACGAUUCACUCCUAGAAAUGUGGGUACCCAAGACUCUCUGUUGCCGACAGGGUAUAACAAAAAGGAUUUUCAAUCAAUUUUUUUUUAAAAAGCAUUUAUGUCGGUUGAUGACAAAAAAAAUCGCUAAUAACCCAAGGACAAAAAAUGAUAAAGUUUUUUUAAUCAUUUAUUAAAAUUCGAGAAUCUACGAAAUAUCGUUCACCCUGUAUACAUCUUUGAUUAUUAACUCUUUUUAAUUCCCUUAAAAUCAAAUCAGAAUUAAAAUAGAUCUAUGCCAUAAUUAAUUGAAUGAAUUAUUGAUAGAAUAAUAAGUCUACGCAUAUAAGUCUAACCAGCGAGAAAAUGUACGAUUUUGAUAGACGACGUCCAAAAAAGACAGCAAAAA